UCACGCUUCAUCCUUGCGCGGCGUUCACUUCCGCCUCGGUAGCUGUCAUGGCCGCCAGGAACACGUGACUCCGACUUUGCACCCCGCCACCCUCAUCAUUUCCCGACUCUGCUUCCAGUAGUCGCGCUCAGGCGACCCGGAGCCGCGACUUCCUUCAGCUGUGACUUUCUCCCGUUCUUGCUGGCUGACUAGGACACAGCCUCUCUUCCCUCCGCGGGACCACGGCACUGCCUCCGAGCAAUCCCAAAACACCAGGGGAAAAUGACACAUUGGUUCCAUCGGAACCCACUGAAAGCCACUGCUCCUGUUCCCUUUAAUUACUAUGGUGUAGUCACAGGCCCCAGUGCUUCGAAAAUUUGCACGGAGCUGAGAGCCUCCAGGGCACGGCUGCUGGAACUGUUCACUGACCUGAACUGCAACCCCGAGAUGAUGAAGAAUGCUGCUGAUGCCUACUUUUCUCUCCUACAAGGCUUCAUAAAUUCAUUAGAUGAGUCUACCCAAGAGAGCAAGCUGCGUUACAUUCAGAAUUUUAAGUGGACAGAUACUUUACAAGGACAGGCUCCAAGUGCCCAGCAGGAUGCUGUCUUUGAGUUAAUUUCCAUGGCAUUUAAUGUAGCUUUAUGGUAUACCAAAUAUGCUUCGAGAUUGGCUGGAAAAGAAAACAUAACAGAAGAUGAAGCAAAAGAUGUCCAUCGAAGUCUAAAAAUUGCAGCUGGAAUUUUUAAACAUUUAAAGGAAAGUCAUAUCCCCAAACUUAUCACCCCUGCAGAAAAGGGGCGGGACCUAGAGGGCCGACUCAUAGACGCUUACAUUAUCCAGUGUCAGGCUGAAGCUCAAGAAGUAACAAUUGCCCGUGCCAUUGAAUUGAAACAUGCUCCUGGACUAAUUGCUGCGCUGGCGUAUGAAACAGCCAAUUUCUAUCAAAAAGCUGAUCAUGCUUUAUCCAGUUUGGAGCCUGUGUACUCAGCUAAAUGGAGAAAGUACCUGCACUUGAAGAUGUGCUUCUACACAGCUUACGCUUACUGUUACCACGGCCAGACACUGUUGUCCAGUGAUAAAUGUGGUGAAGCAAUCAGGUCUCUGCAAGAAGCAGAAAAAUAUUAUGCGAAGGCAGAAGCGUUGUGCAAAGAGUAUGGAGAGACCAAAGGCCCUGGGCCCACAGUGAAACCUUCUGGACACUUGUUCUUCAGGAAACUGGGCAGCCUAGUGAAGAACACUCUAGAGAAGUGUCAGAGGGAGAACGGAUUCAUCUACUUCCAAAAAAUCCCAACAGAUGCUCCACAGCUAGAACUCAAAGCUGAUUACGGUCUCGUGGAACCUGUGCCUUUUGGAUUUCCUCCGACAAGUGCAUACUGGACACCAGAGGCGCUGGCUGCGUUUGAUCUGACCAAAAGGCCCAGGGACGACAGUGCCAAACCCAAACCAGAAGAAACGGUGAAACCUGUCAAAGAACCAGAUAUCAAACCUCAAAAGGACACCGGGUGUUCUGUCUCUUAAAAUACACUGAUGCACUGUGCACGCUGAGUGUUUCUGCUGGUAGAGAAAAUAAAUCAUGGAGCUUCUCAUUUCUAGAAAUGAUUUCUCUGAAGCCUGUAGAGUACUUUAGUGGAUUCAGAGGGAAUCUGUCUUUCUUUGAUUUGUGGAUUUUUACUAUAGUGGUGAUGGUUUAUGGGUUCCCCCCGCCCCCCCCCCCCCCCAGACUGCUUAUAUUUAUAUUCAAGACAACAUGGGAAAGAAUUGUGCUUCUAAAGCGUGUAUGUGGGGUGGAAUGGGGUGGGGGGUGGGGAGGAUUUGGGAUUCCUCUUCUCAUCCCCCUUUCCCCCCACAACAACAACAAAAACAAAAAAACAAAACUCUAGAUAAUAGUUAAGUUUCAGGUUCAAGUAGGCCAGGAUCAUGCUGUUUUAUGUAGGCUUUUUCUGUGCUCACAAAAACAUUUUGUGAUAUUUGGUUUCUUUCCUCUUACUGGGUGCCAGAAUAAUGACUGGAUUCAGUUUUUAACAAAUAUUCUCCUUUCCCUAAUUCCCAGCACACAUGCGCUUCACUGUGGUAUAGACUGUACCAUGCGCUUGUUAUGUUCCACAUUGUCAUUUGAUAGAAAGUCAUUUCUAGGCAAAGAUUAGAAAAUCUUCAUCUUAACAUGUCUUUACAUAUGUGAACAUGAGGGCAUCAACAGUGUACUUAAAUCAAGGUAGUCCUAGUUUAUGGGUGUACUGAGACCAUGGAGAACUUUUAUUUUGAUAGUAUAAACUUCGUAUCAUGUUCAAUACCGAGGAAGGUAUUUUAUAAGAACUUUUUUCUUUUUUAACUUAGGACAGAACCUUGUGGCAGCUUAGUGUUUCUGUAGGAGAAAAAACAAUGAAAAUGGGGGCGUGGAGAAAGAGUACAGCAGGCAAGGUGCUUACUUUGCAUGUGGCCCACGUGGGUUCAACCCCUGGCAUCCCCUGUUUUCCCCUCUGCAUUGCCAGGGGUGUCUCCUUAGCACAGAAUCAGGAGUAAGCCCUGAGCACAACAGAGUGUGGCUUCCCUCCCUCCUCCCCUCCCAUCCCCUUAAACGAAAAACAACCCAAACCAAUAAAAAUGACUUUGCAGCUGCAGCCAUUAGCAUUGGAUGCUGGGAAGAAAACACUGGAAAACUAAACAAGCUCUGUCUGAAGGUGCCAGGACUCAGCUUCUGUCCCUCGGCACUUACACAAAUGCUCCUCUUGUCCGAUGUCAGUGCACAUUGCUUUUGUGUGGUUUCUAUUGUAAGUAUUGUCAGAACUGUAUUACUUACUUCCGGCCAAAGGCCAUGGCAGACGUGAGAGAGACAUGAAGUAUGAUCUUAAAAAUAGAUUGUGAUGUGCAUAGUAUGUACACAGACUUGGGGACAGUAGAUGCAUAAUACUUUUACGAGGCCACACAUCUAUAGAAUUAUCUUUUGAUUUUUCUUUUAGGGUGUUAGCUCAUUUCCUGUUGUAAAUGACAGAUAGGUUGUUUUACUAGGAGAAAUAAGACUGUUUUGAGUCCCCAUGUGCCGAGCACAGCACUGAGUGCUUAUGUAAACCUUUACAUUCACUUAGCAACUCUUAGAAAUAGGUCAAGUCUGUGUAAGAGGAUUUAAGUAGGAAUAAAACAUUUUAUUAUGAAGAUGAUACAUUCUACAUCAAUAUUGUGUUCAAUAAAAGUGCUAACUGAUCAUAACUUAUACUUCUAAAAAAAAUUGCAUAGAAUCAGCGAGGGUUUUUUUUUCUUUUUUUCCUUGGCUUUUUGGGUCACAGUCGGCAAUGCACAGGGGUUAUCCUGACAGUGCCCAGGGGACUGUAUGGGAUGCCGGGUAUUGAACCUGGGUUGGCCACUUGCAAGGCAAAUGCCCUGCCUGCUGUGCUAUUGCUCCAGCCCUCAGCAAGGGUUUUUAUAAAUACAUGGAAAUGCUAUUUACUCGUCGUGGUGAAAACAUUUACUAUUUGUGCAGCUUCCAGAAUAAGGGCAGUGAUAACUGGAUAGACAGUUAUUUUACUGUCUGAAGGAAAAAAUACUAAUUUCAGUGUAUUUUGAAUGAUAGUUAUUUCAAAAUUAAUCAACUUUGCUGUGUGCCAUUUACUGACAAAAUUUAAAAUAGUACUUGAUGCUAACAUAUUAUUCUCUCUAUUCAUAGGGCCUAUUAUCAUAAACACUGAUUAAGCUAGUUAAUAAAUUUUCACAUGGCGUUUUCAUGGAUCAUACUACUUUAAAUGAAAACAUGUAAUAUUCCCAGAGUUUCCGUAAAAUGCAGUAAAUAUAGUAUUGCUUUUAAAUCAAUCAUGGACAUUUUGGACAAGCAGAUAAUACACUGUUGACUUGGCAAAGAUGACAUUUUGUUUUGUAACAAAAGUAUUCCAUUUCCUCUAUUUUGGAAUGGUGUUAGAAAUUGGGGGAAGUUGACAUGUAAAGUUGCAUGAAGAUUAUAGGGAGCUAUAACUUAUUUGUGUUAACUGUUGUGUCCUUUUCAUACUUAAUUUAAGCCAGUUACAACUAACAUGUUUUGCUAAAUGUUUGUAUAACAGAUGAUCUUUUAUUUAUGACAAUAAAAAUAAUUUUACUUAAACUUCA